AGUUUGCGGCGUGACCAUCGAUCCAACGUGCUUAUGGUAUAUUGUAUUUAGUAGGUGAUGUUACCCUACCCUAGAUAAGUUAUUUUUUGCUAUUUAAGACGAUUACAUUCGGUCUACUAUUAUUUGAACAUCACAGGAAAUCGUACAGUGAGUACUGCUGUACCACCUACCUGCUGUACCAACCGAAGUAGUUAUGGCUGCUGCUCUCAAUAAAUUAUUUACUCAGCUUGGAGCUGUAGGUAUUGGUGUAGCAGUGGUUGGAAGUGUUGUUAAUACAGCUUUAUAUAAUGUUGACGGAGGACAUCGGGCAGUAAUCUUCGACAGACUGUCAGGUGUAAAAGAGUACGUAAUGGGCGAGGGAACUCAUUUCUUAAUUCCAUGGAUUCAGCGUCCUAUUAUAUUUGACUGCCGAUCCAGACCCCGCAAUGUACCAGUUAUCACUGGAAGUAAAGAUUUGCAGAAUGUGAACAUCACGCUGCGUGUCCUCUUCCGACCAAUGGCACCUGAAUUACCAAAAAUUUAUAUGAAUCUCGGUGAAGACUUCGAUGAAAGGGUUCUCCCUUCCAUUACCAGUGAAGUUCUCAAAGCUGUUGUGGCGCAAUUUGAUGCGAGUGAGUUGAUCACUCAAAGAGAAAUCGUUUCACAGCGAGUGCAAGAAGAGCUCACAGAGAGAGCUCAGCAGUUUGGUCUUAUUCUUGAUGAUAUUUCUUUGACCCAUCUAACAUUUGGAAGAGAAUUCACAGAAGCUGUUGAGAUGAAACAAGUUGCCCAACAAGAGGCAGAACGAGCCAGGUUCUUGGUAGAAAAGGCUGAACAUGUGAAAACAGCAGCCAUCACCACUGCAGAGGGAGACUCCAUUGCUGCCAAACUUCUCUCAAAUGCAUUCAAUAAAGCUGGAGAGGGCUUGGUAGAACUCCGUAAACUUGAGGCUGCUGAAGACAUUGCUUACCAAAUGUCUCGUUCAAGAAACGUAACAUAUCUGCCGCAGGGACAACAGACAUUAUUGAGUUUACCGCAGUAAAUGUAUUUGGACAGAAUGUUUUUAAUCAUAAUUAUCUAAAGUAUGUUUAAAAAUCCGAUUACCAUAAGGAAUUCUAAUCGUAUUCCUGCUCAUAUUUACUGGUGCUGAAAAAACUGUCCAGAGUGCUGUGUUUAAAACUAAACAUUAGCGAAAUAUCUAUUGUAAAAUAAAGAAUCUGAUUUCUAAUUAUGGCAAAAGCUCUGAGCAAAAUCUGAUUUAUGAAUCCAGAUUGUAUCGUGAAAUGUCAUCUUAAUUGCUCCUGAAUUGACAUUUAGAUUUUCUUAUUAAAUUUAUAUUAAGAAGAUUUGUUGCUGUUGUUGCAAAGUUCUGAGGUAAUUAAAUACAGACAAAUAUCAGGAUAACA